AUGGCUUGGGAGAACUGGACCACAGUGACAGAAUUCAUUUUCAAGGGAUUAACAGAUCACCCAGGCUUCCAAGGCACCCUCUUGACAGUUUUCCUAGUCAUCUAUGUCACCACAGUGGUGGGUAAUCUUGGUAUCCUUAUAGUAGUGUGGCUUGAUUCUCACCUUCAAAUCCCCAUGUACUUUUUUCUCAGUAAUUUGUCCUUCUUGGAUGUGUGUUACUCCUCAGCUGUCACACCCAAAGUGCUGGUGAAUUACUCAUUAGAAAGGAAAACGACUUCUUUUGCUGGCUGCCUCAUACAGCUGUAUUUUUACGCUGCUUUUGCAACUACAGAGUGUUAUCUUCUGGCCGUGAUGGCAUAUGAUCGGGACGUUGCCAUCUGUAUCGCGCUACACAGUCAUGUGGUUGCUUUUUUUAAUCCACUGAUACUCACAGGCUCUGCAUUGAGGAUGUCCUUCUGUGGUCCCAACUUCAUUGACCAUUUCUUCUGUGAUGGGUGCCCACUGUUAAAACUGGCCUGCUCUGGCCCUCACCUCAGUCAAGUGCUGAUGCUUGUUUCUGGAGGGUUCAGUGAGGUCUCCACUACAUCAGUCGUCCUCAUCUCAAACUGCUGCAUCCGAGCCACUAUCCUGAGGAUGGAUUCUACAAAGGGCAGGUACAAAGCCAUCAAUACCUGUGCCUCCCACCUGACAGCUGUCGCCAUCUUCUGUGGGACUCUCCUUUUCAUGUACCUGCGACCCAGCUCCAGUUACUCUUUGGGCAGGGAUAAAAUCAUUUCUGUGUUUUAUGUGGUGGUGACCCCCAUGCUGAACCCCCUCAUCUACAGCCUGAGAAACAAGGAGGUGAAGAAUGCUCUGAAAAGAGCAUGA